AUGGCAUCCACCAACAAUAAUAAAGAUUCUCAGGAUCAAUCACUGUCUUCAUCAGCUUCAAAACCGGCAGAGAGUAACCCUAUUAUCGAGACAGAGCAGGACGCUCAAGCUUCACCUGGCAAACGACCAGGAAGGCCUAGACCAGCGCAACCCCAGCGGAGGACUACUUAUGGCACAAUGGACUCGCAGGAUACAGGCGGACGCGGAUCUCGCACGGAAGGAAGCUCCGUGACGACAUACGAGCCUAUUCGACCGGCUCACAUCUCCUGGCGGUCGUCGGAACGAACACCUAAAAAGCCACCAACCUUACGCAGGACUUCUACCAAACCACAUAGAGGUCAAGAAUUCUCAGUAGAUGAUGAUCCAAGGGAAUAUGAGGAAGACAAUGCCCUUUAUAAACACCCCUCCGUGAGGUCGACUGCAUCACUUCGUCGAAGGGGUACCCACAUCCAGCAACCCAUGCUCGAACGUGUUGAUUCGAGAGACGAAAGUGCAAAUGAUGAUAUACCAUCAGCUGAAUCCAGUGACCGCUUAGGUGAUGGCCGGGGCGAGCCCUCUGGACUCAGCAUGGGCGUUGAUGGUGACGACGAUUCUCGUAGCGACGUGAGUGAUGCGGAAAGCUUCACGCUUAAAGACCGCCAGCAAGCCAUAAAUGAGACCCAUCCAUUUGGUAUAAGGAUCUGGAAACCGGCUCUUUAUAAGAAGCUUCGAUCUGUCGAAAAGACCGCAGAGGGAGAUAUCCAUUCGGUGCCCGGAGAGCGAGUUAGCAACUGGCUCUAUAUGGCCAAUUUUCUAUGGUCAAUCAUUUUCGGUUGGUGGUUGGCGCUGGCUGCCCUUCUCGGCGCUCUUGCCUGUUUUCUCUUGGGCUUUUCGCCCGAUUCCAUGGCUUAUGGGAGAGUGUUUUCCCACCUGUCUCUCUACCUACUCUAUCCUUUUGGAUCCUUUGUCCGUCUCGAAUCCGAUGAGAACUACGCACUUGAAGAUGAAGGUGAAGGUCGCAGUAUCAGCGAGUAUGAGCAAUGGCAAAGUGGAGAUCUUGAACAUGGAAGACUUUUCUUUGGCCCUAUUUCUGAUAGGUCACUGGUCGGACGUCGCAGAAAUAGCAUCGACUCCGCUAGUGAAAAUGAUAGCCUGCUUGGUAGGACAGGAAGAGCAUCGCGAGAGGAGAAUUCUUUGAGGAUCAAGAAACGCUUUUUCGGCCGCGGGGAGUGGACCCUUGGAAGAGUCAUAUUUUAUACGUGGUUCUACUUUGUGAUCGGUCCAUUGAUGCUCCUUGUCUCUCUUGUCUGCUGGUUGAUGGUCUUCUGGAUUCCCAUGGGCAGAGUCACCCUUAUUUUAUUACACCAUCUUCGCCGCCAUCCUCUGGCACUUUCGUUCCAUUCGGAUACGACUUACACUCGGUCACCCUCUCGGCCUUCUUCUUCUAUCUUACUUUGUACGUACCGCGCUGCUGGCCUUAAAUACUGGAAAUACACCAUCGACGGGACCAACAUUUUCCUCAUCAAUCUCCUUGCUGUGGUUCUGUUCACCAUUCUAGAUUAUUUUGUCUUAAACCAGAUGUUGAACGUAAAAUCGUGGAUCACUCACUCCGGCUUGAUAUUUUCAUUAGCUCUAAUGUCCAUUAUCCCUUUGGCAUAUUUCAUCGGACAAGCUGUGGCGUCCAUUUCCGCUCAAUCAUCAAUGGGAUUAGGUGCUGCUGUCAACGCCUUUUUUUCGACGGUGGUCGAGGUAUAUCUCUAUUGCAUUGCCCUAACAGAAGGCAAAGCCCGGCUCGUGGAAGGGAGUAUUAUCGGGAGUAUUUUUGCGGGUAUCCUCUUUCUUCCCGGGCUGUCAAUGUGUUUUGGCGCCAUCAGACGCAAAACUCAACGGUUCAAUGUUAAAUCUGCUGGAGUUACGUCGACCAUGCUCCUAUUUUCUGCUAUUGCGGCAUUUGGACCGACGCUCCUUUAUCAAGUUUAUGGCACUCAUGAAUUAAAGUGCAUGUCAUGUACCAGCAGUGGGCUGGGUGGACCAAAGGACUGUCGUCGUUGCUACUUCUCAGAAAAACCUGAACUUCAGGACAGAUUUUUCCUGAAAGCAGUGCAGCCGAUUUCUUGGUUUGCAGCUUUGCUGCUUUUCUUAUCAUACGUAAUUGGGCUUUGGUUUACAUUGAGGACCCAUGCUGCUAUUAUCUGGACAAGCGAGCUUGAUGAGAAAAAGCCUCUACACACACCCACACACCCACAUACCUCUCAUCUCCUUCCCCCAGACUCCGAUUUUUCCAGCGGAAAAGCCAAACAAGUUACUUCCGCUAACGGGCCACAACAUGUCAGUCAUGGAGGCACUUAUCAGCGAAGCGGGUCUAUUCGAGAUUCUCAGCUGUACACUCGCAUUCUGGGGCAGUCAUUAAAACAUGUUGGCCUUUCUUCAAAAUCAAACGAUGGCAGUUUGGAACAACCUUCGACCCCAGCAGAAAACCAAAAUAUUACUCCCCACCUUGUUCCACCCAAAGACCAUGAUACCAUAGCUGAAACUCUCUGCCUACCUGGCCUGUCGGAAGAACAGAAUGAAUUGUUUGUCCGUAAGGUGGCAGAGGUAGCCGCUACCGCCGCUGCUGUGGCAGCCCGUGAUGUUACAACCCGGCAAAAAAGGCCACCAAUUGCUUCUCACGCCUCCGAACAUCCACAUAACAAACCAGUUGGCGUUUCCAGCACAGCUCACGCUGAAGAUGGGGAAGAAGGCGGACUACUUGCUGAAACCCACGUCGCGGAAGCGGGUGGUCACGACGCGCCAAAUUGGAGCAAGAUGAAGAGCUCCGUCAUUCUCCUAGGUGCCACGUUGCUUUAUGCGAUCAUCGCUGAGAUAUUGGUAAACACAGUUGAUACUGUGCUGAACAAUUUUGAUAUAGAUGAAAAGUUUCUAGGUAUUACGCUCUUCGCACUAGUUCCGAAUUCUACAGAGUUCUUGAAUGCCAUUUCCUUCGCCAUCAACGGAAACAUAGCUCUAUCAAUGGAAAUCGGUUCUGCAUAUGCCCUGCAAGUGUGUCUUCUGCAGAUCCCCGCCUUGGUGUUAUUCAGCGCCAUAUACACCCAAUUCAUAGACAAAAAGGAUCUCCUAGAACACUCUUUCAACUUGAUAUUCCCACAAUGGGAUAUGAUCACCGUGAUCCUCUGCGUUUUCCUCCUGUCCUACAUGUACGGCGAGGGAAAGAGUAACUACUUCAAGGGCUCCAUCCUUGUCCUUGCAUACCUAUUUGUGAUUGCCGGUUUUUAUUUGUCUGACUUUAACGAUAUAAACGCCAUGGACGUUGAUCCGGCUGAUAGCUUGGCCAUGGGCCAGAGUGCUGUGUUUCGGACCAUUGGUAGGACGAAGGGAGGUGAGGCUUAUUUAUGAUAAUAUUUUUCAUUAAAUGUCCACACGAACUAGUCAGUGGUUUUUACCUGUCGACGGAAAAAGGGAGGAGGGGGGGAGGAUUUCGGAUUAUGGCUGGGGUAGGUACAAGGUUGCUUCAAUAUAGUUAUGUUUUGUUAUUAUUAAUAUUCUGUAAUUGGUAUUAAUCACAAAGAUGUCCUGACGAUCAUGGAGCUUGGAAAUGGCAUAAUUGGGAAAUAUAUCUAGGUUGUUGAUCAACAUUGGCUUCAUUCUCUCCAUUUGCUUUUUUAGUUCUUGAUGGAAGUGGAAGGUGGAUUAUAACGGAGCUAGUGCCGAAAGUUCUGUAAUUUUUGUUUAGAUUAAGAAUGAAAAGAAAGCAGCCCCGAUUGAAGAUAU